UGGGCUACCAGAGAGCGCGAGGCCCGCGGCACUUGCAAGCUCUCGGCUUAAUGCUCUGGAGAGGACCCGGGAUAAGACUCUGUGCCUUACACCCAGCACCCAGCCUAGUUCCGAGAGCUCCGGUGCAUCAGACUCCAGCCCGGAUCUAGGACUGAGAGCGGGGCCGACGGGGCUGCUCAAGUGACAGGAAAGGACACCUCAACAGUAAAUACAUUUAAUAAGAAUGAUGGCUUUAAAAGUAUUAAAAGAACAGGAGAAAGUAUUUUUCACCAUUGUAGUUUUACUAAUGUAUUUGGUAUGUAAAGGAAUUUGUGAAACAGGAGACUGUAGACAACAAGAAUUCAGGGAUCGAUCUGGAAACUGUGUUCUCUGCAAGCAAUGUGGGCCAGGCAUGGAGUUAUCUAAGGAAUGUGGCUUUGGCUACGGGGAGGAUGCCCAGUGUGUGACGUGCAGGCCUCACAGGUUCAAGGAACACUGGGGCUUCCAGAAGUGCAAGCCGUGCCUGGACUGUGCACUGGUGAGCCGCUUCCAGAAGGCUAACUGUUCUGUCACCAGCGACGCCGUCUGUGGGGACUGCUUGCCAGGAUUUUACAGGAAGACCAAACUUGUUGGCUUUCAAGACAUGGAGUGUGUGCCGUGUGGGGACCCUCCUCCUCCUUAUGAACCACACUGUACCAGCAAGGUCAACCUUGUGAAGAUCCCAUCCACAGCCUCCAGCCCUCGGGACACAGCCCUGGCUGCGGUUAUCUGCAGUGCCCUGGCCACUGUCCUGCUGGCCCUGCUAAUUCUCUGCAUCAUCUAUUGCAAGAGACAGUUCAUGGAGAAAAAACCCAGCUGGUCUCUGAGAGCACAUGACAUUCAGUACAACGGUUCUGAACUGUCAUGUUUUGACAGACCUGGGCUCAGCGAAGCUACACCCAGACCAUGUUGCCAAUACCACCGGGACUCAGCCCAGACCUGCGGGCCUGUGCAUUUGAUUCCAUCCUUGUGCUGUGAUGAGGCCUGUAGUGUUGACCGAAUGACCCUGGGCUGCAGGGUACAUUCCAAGGCCACUCUCCAGGAGAGACAUGCAGGUCCAGUGGGGGAGAUGAUGCCGAGUUUCUUUGUGUCCUUUACAAGGUCCGUCUGUGGCGAGUUUUCAGAUGCUUGGCCUCUGAUGCAAAAUCCCACUUGUGAUGAUGACAUCUCUUUUUGUGACUCUUACCCUGAACUCACUGGAGAAGAUAUUAAUUCUCUCAUUCCAGAAAAUGAAAGCUCAACUUCCUUGGAUUCAAACAGUAGUCAGGAUUUGGUUGAUGGAGCUAUUCUAAUUCAAGCUCAUUCUGAAAAUUUUACAAAAACAACUGUUUGCUCUAGACAUAACAACUCACAGAGAGAAACAACAUUAUCUCAGGAUACUCUAACUACUAGAAGCCAGCUAGAUCAAGAAAGAGGUGAUAUCGUUAACCUAACCACUCAAACAUCCAUCCAGGAAGCUUAAAGGACUUGCAUGGACCCCCAAAGGGCACGCACUCCUCCACUUAAGCUUAUGGACUGAGCACAGUCUGGACCUUGCAUGGCUUCUGGGGAAAAAAAUAAAUCUGAACCAAACUGAUGACAUUUUAAGCCUUUCAUCCAGUUGCUUCUGAGCCAGAUCAGCUGUAAGCUGAAACCUCAAGGAAUAACAGGAAGACUCCAAGCACUUGUGAUACUUUGCAUCUUUCCUAAUAUGAAGCUUCCAAACUGUGUGGCUUUGAAGACUAAUGGGUCAAGUCUGUAGCCUUUGAAAUAAUGGACACAGAGCAAGAAACAGAAGUGGUCCGUGCUUAUUUUCAUGUGAAUGUGACUUUAUAAGA